AGGUCCAUCAAAUCUCCACUAGUUUGUCAUUCGAUUGGAACCAUUUCUUCCGCCAACAUUUCUCGCUUAAGGAAUUAUCUUAAAAUUGUUAAUAAAAUGGCCCUGCCGCAGAAGCACUUCAAGAGGGGUUCCCCCAAACCGGAAAUUCCAGAGGAUGGAGUCCUGCGCUACUACUCGAUGAGAUUCUGCCCCUACUCCCAGCGUGCCGGCUUGGUUCUGGCCGCCAAGAAGAUUCCCCACCACACGGUCUACAUCGAUCUCAGCGAGAAACCGGAAUGGUACAUCGACUACAGUCCACUGGGCAAGGUGCCGGCCAUCCAGUUGCCCCAACUUCCUGGCCAGCCGGCUCUUGUGGAAUCCCUGGUCAUAGCCGAGUACCUGGAUGACCAGUAUCCCGGCGAAGGUUCCCUCUUUCCCAAGGAUCCUUUGCAAAAGGCCCUGGACAGGAUUCUCAUCGAACGCCUGGCUCCCGCCGUCAGUGCCAUCUAUCCGGUACUCUUCACCAAGGACCCACCCGCCGAUGCCAUCAAGAACUUUGAGAUCGCUCUGGAUGUCUUCGAGCAGGAGAUCACCAAGCGGGGAACGCCCUACUUCGGUGGCGAGAAGAUCGGCAUUGCGGACUACAUGAUCUGGCCCUGGUUCGAGCGAUUCCCCGCCCUUAAGUACACUCUGGAUGUACCUUACGAGCUGGACAAGACACGUUAUCAGAACCUUUUGAAGUGGCGCGAUCUGGUUGCCCAGGAUGAGGCUGUCAAGGCCACCGCUCUGGAUGCCCGAAUUCACGCCAAGUUCAUGCGUACCCGUCAUGAGGGCAAGCCCAACUAUGAUGUUGCCUUCGAGCCCUUGUAAAGGAUUCCAGUUCAGGCUGAUUUUAAAAUGAUAACCCUGUAGAACAGGUUUCCAGAUACUUAAGCUUAGAUUGUGAAACCGCUCAGCGAUAAACUAUUAAACCCAUAUGUACUCCCUCUGAAA